AUGUGCCAAAGUCGGCAAGGCUGUAACAUGGCGAAUUUUAAGGAGAUUUUAAGAGCCUGCUCCGUCAUCUUCAUCAUAAUGGUUAUUUUCAAAGUCGCCAUCAUCAUCAAGAUUCUCAGCAUCAUCAUCUUCGUCAUCCUCUUCAUCGUCAUAGUCAACCUAUCCUGGCUUAUCAUCGUGUCAUCUGCCGAGGAUUCAAAUGAGACUCCUGAGUCACAUCUGCUUAUGGUCCAGCGUCUGUUAUUUGAGACUGCAAGCAUCGGAGUGCACGUCAACAUCUACAACAUCAACAAGAACAACAACAAAAUUACACUAGCAGUCAUGAAAAUGAGAAUGUUUAAAUCUAAAGCCCCACACAACGCAUUACACGUGACAGGCGGGGAUCUCUUUGCGAUCGAACCAGGUUACCGCUAA